AUGAAAUUAACUGGAUCGCGAGAAGAGACGGAUCCACUGUCUCUUUCGCAACAAAUGCAAAUUUCCGAAGAAGACACUCUGAUCGCGUCAACAAUACUCAAUAUAGCACAAACACAAGUGCAGAUCUGUGCGAAAAUGAACGAAAUACAGAGCGAUCAGAAGACAAUACUGGAGGAAGUGCGUCGAGAAAGAACUCAAUCCGAAAUGUUCAUUAAUGUUCUGCAGAAAUGUCACGAAGGUGAGUUGGAGCGUUUGAUGAAGAUGGUGAGACUGUUUUCGGAUCGAGCUCCUCAUCCUAAUCAACAACAGCAACAAUCACAAUUGACGUCGCAAUCUCCUUAUGGAACAACAGCUGGAAUAGGCCGUGGAAUGGGUAUGAUUCCUUCGGCGAUGGCUAUCGCUGGUAGUGUGUAUGGGUCAUCGAGUAACGAUAGUCAGUUGAUGGGUAAUAUGAAUUUGAAUGUACCCUUCCAACAUUCGGUCACUGAAGAUAGCACCGUCAACAAUGCAGCACAUCUGUAUAAUAUUCAACAUCAGUUAGCUGCUCAGCAACGUUUAAUGGCAUCUCAAAGUGCUUAUCAUCAGUAUCAUCCAUCUUUUGCGACUGCAUCAGACACUUCAUAUGGCACAUUGAACAGACCUGCUUUUAAUCCGUCACUGCCGAAUCCACCAGGGCAAGUGCUUGGUGUGGGCUAUUCAUCGUCACCAAUGAUAUAUCCUCCGGCAACAUCAGCCACAGCUCAAAAACUCGUCAUAGCACCACAGCAAAACAGUAAUUCAUCCGAAAGUGAAUCGAAAACAGUGAACAUUAAACAAAGCAAUAAUCAAACGAUAUCACCUCCAAAAGUUCAGCCCAUUUCAACAGUACUUGAAAAAGAGAAGGAAGCAGUGGAUAUGAGAGGUACAUUGCCGUCGUGUGGCGCUGCCGUCAGCAACGACGUAUCAUCUUCAGCCGGCUCCAAAGCGACACCACCGCAGUCAGAUAAUAAACUUUCAACCAACAAAACUCAGUCUUCUUCGUCUGCGUUUACAUUUCAACUCAAUGCCACUCAUCAGCUUACUGAUAAUAACGAUGACGAAGUCCCGGAGCAUUUCGAACCUUCAGCUCACUUUGAACCCGUUAUUCCUUUACCUGAUCUCGUCGAUGUUACUACUGGUGAGGAGGAUGAAAAGGUGAUGUUCGCUGAACGAUGCAAAUUAUAUCGUUUUGCAAAUGAGACAAAUGAAUGGAAGGAACGGGGAGUGGGCGAGUUGAAAAUAUUGCAACAUCCCACCACUGGCUCCUGUCGCAUUGUUAUGCGACGUGAUCAAAUCCAUAAGGUAUGUGCAAAUCAUAAGAUUCAGCCAACGAUGACCUUAAAACCGAUGCAAAAAUCAGAUCGUGCUUACGUAUGGCUCGCACAAGACUUCUCAGAAGGUGAAUUGAGUGAAGAGAAGUUGGCAGCGCGUUUCAAGACCGCGCAAAUUGCGCAACGCUUCUUCGACACCUUCAAUAUGGCCAAGAAAGCUGCUAGUGUCUCUGAUAGUAGUAGUCAUCCAAAAGUUGAAGCACAAACAACGCCGAUAAAGAAAGCAGACGCUCCUGAUAAUCGAACACAACCAGUUGCUGCAAACGCCACUUUUGGUGACGCAUUCAAACCGGCUCCGGGAAGCAAUAAGAAUAAUAAUAUUGCCAGCUGGGAAUGUCAAAUGUGCUAUGUUCGAAAUAGUGCAACUGCGAAAGUGUGUGCAUGCUGUAACAGCAAUAAAGAUGGCUCAACAUCCAAUACAACUGCAAACACUCUCCUUACCAGCAAACCAAUAUCGACAGUAACACCGAACAAAGCUGACGAUAGCAGCAAUCGUUUCUCGUUUGGUUUGAAAUCGAACACCAACAUCACGACACCUACUCAGUCUCAGACAACUGCACUCAGCCAGAUCAAUCAGCCUUUACUGUCGAGCAAAAGCACAGCUCCUAUCUUUGGAAUAGCGGUAACGUCAUCACCAUCAAACGUCCAUCAACAGCCACCAAAAUUCAAUCUGGCUGAUAAAUUUAAGGCAAAUGUUCCGACUGUUAGCUCAUCACCCAACUUCAAUCUCUUCUCGACACUCAGCACUUCUUCGACCGACCCAUCGAAACUGAAACCAACAUUUUCAUUAUCAAAUCAAUCAAGUGUUGCCACCACUACCACCACAUCCACUACAAUACCGUCAUUCAGUUUCAAGUUACCUGUCACUGGUGAUGCAAUGCCGUCGUCAUCUUCAAAUGCGCACUCAAAACCAAUCGGUACAUCUGUUUUCGGUGGACCAGCUGUAUUCGGUGGUGUUGUGAAAGGUGCUAUCUCCUCAUCGAACGGCACCAAUGAUGAAACGGCAAGCGACAAGCAGCAAAUGAAAUGUAGUGUGUCGUCGACAUUCGGUGGCUCAUCACCUCUCAAAACGACAUCUUUAUUUGGCACAUCAUCAGUAUUCGGUACUGGCUUAAGCUCGACCAAUACAACUGGUGGUUUUGCUGCGUUGGCAGCGAUCGCGAAUAGUAACGAGAAGAAAGAGACGACUGGCAGCAAUUCAGCGACAACUAUUAGUCCAUUUGCCGGUGGGAAAUUCGAUAAGAAAGAACAAUCGGUAUUCACGAAAUUAGCAACAUCGAAGAAGAGCAAUGAAGAUGCAUCGGAGAAGAAUGAAAGUCAUCACGAAGAGAAUCAACAAGAUGGUGAAUUUGUACCGACCGCUCAUUUCGAACCUCUCAUACCUACACCUCCAAUUGUUCAAGUGAAGACUGGUGAAGAGGAUGAAAAGGUUUUAUUUAAAGCACGUGCAAAGUUGUAUCGUUUCGUUGAGGACACUUCCGAGUAUAAAGAGCGUGGUGUUGGUGAUAUUAAGAUACUGUUGAACGAAAAGACAAAGAAGUGCCGUGUUGUGAUGAGACGUGAACAGGUACUGAAAGUAUGUGCGAACACGCCUCUCGUGGAUGGGAUGACUAUCAAAAUGAAACCGGGCACUGACAAUGCUUGCAUGUGGAUGUGUAAGGCUAGUUCUUUCGAUUAUUCGGAGGACAUGCAGGGAAGGAGAGAAUGCUUCGUAGCAAAAUUCAAGGAGGCGACUAUGGCAGAUCAGUUCAUGUCGGUAUUCCGUGAUGGUUGUCAUGCGAAGUACACAACAACUGACAUCAACAAUAAACAUCUUGCAACUGUUGAUUCAUCAUCAACUAAACAGUCGGAUCAAAGUGGAUCGAAGGAAGGUGGAGUUAGCGCAUUGAGUGUUAUCAAGAAUGAGGACGAGACAAGUGGUGAAGAUGCUGACAAUGAAAAAAAUGACGAUAACGAUCCUUAUGAGGAGCUUUCCGAGUUCCCGGCCCGAAUGAGCAUUACGGAUGGAUUUACAUCACCUCUUAAACCUGGUAAAACGAUGGACAUAAAGGGAAGUUAUUCAAUCGGAAUACAACAUGAUAUUGGUUAUAUGAAAAUUGACUUGCUCGAUCAGGAAGGUGUGGUGGUGCUAUCGCAUUUCAUUAUGACUGACACCAAGGCUCUACGUCUGGGAGAUAAGUGCAUGAAAUACAUGGCAGUGGAUGAAAAGUCAAAGAAUAAGCAGAUAAUGGUCGAAUUUGAAAGUAGUGCUGACAGAGAUGAAGCGUUGAAACAGAUCGAUGAGGGCAUUGAAAUAGCAGUGGAAUUGGACGGUGGUGAAGGAGAAGAGAAUGAUUAA